CACUUCCGGGUCUUCUCUCUGCCUUCGUUUUAGACCUUCCCAACUCCGGGGCGUAGGAGAGAUAGAGGCUGGGAGAACCCGGGAACCACCGGUUUAAAACUGGUGUGGAUAGGAUAAGCAACAAGAGCCAUGAUGUUAGGUAGCAGCGCCCAAGGCCUUGAACGUCGUGCCAGCACUAGUCAUGGCUACCAACGGCUUCAGCUUCUCUCACGGCCUGCAACUGCCAGAAACAAAUAUGGCCACACAGCUACCCAAGACUGUUUCUGGCUGACAACAAAGGCAGCCGCAUCACAUCAUUCUUAUUCCUAUCUGUUGCCUUUAGAUUGCUUUAGAAACUGUAAGUAAAGAUAGCACCCACCUAAUAAGAUGUCAUGAAUUAUCUCUUGGCAGUAUCCAAGAGUUAAGAGAACUCUUUUCUUAAUUUAUGUUAGAACCAAGGUAGUUCAACCCUAGUUUUGCAGAUGAGAAAACAAAAAAGGAAGGUUACUGAUGAUUGUACAACAUCAGACCUAAAGGUGACUUUAGAAACUCGGCAUUAAGAAAUAGAGCACCAGGGACAGGGUUGCUGGCUCAGCUGGCUGCAGAUUCCUGCCUGCAUUAAGGGUGAUUAGACCAAAUGAUUCUAAGGCUGGAGAUUCUGAGUCUGCGAUCUCAUCUAGUUCCUCUCAUUGAAAAUUUGGAAAGUGAGGCUCUGGGAGGGAAUAGAGGAAGAGGUGUAGGUUAAAAUCAUUUGACGUAGUCCCAAAUAAGGAGCAAUUAUUCUCUUACCUUCCUCUAGGUGGUAAAGCAGCAUCCUGUGUUUUCUUCAUCACGUCCUUCCCCUGCUAAUCUCUCUUGUGGGCUUCCAACAGUCAGUGCCCACCUCUCCCAGCUCUUCCUCCCCACCAGGCCUUCAGACUUGCUGUUUGAAAGGUACCCCCUAUGGUAUGCUUCCCAGAUCACUCAACCAAUGAAAAACAGGAUCCUACUACCCAUACUGGGCUCUAGAAAUUCAGCAACAUGUCAUACAUGGCCUCCACCUUCAAGGAACUCAAAGGAAGGUGGGAGGUAGACGUGAAUAACCACAAUACAAAGUGUAGCCAAGUUUCGUUUUGCAAGAAUGACUACAGAUGAGCAAAUGGGCAUUGGAGCCACCAAUCCAGCUCUUUCUUCCUCUAGGGGAAGCAUUAAUGACCCUGAAAUGAGAAACCAGAGCUCUUACCAGCCCCCUGCUCACUCCUACUCUUUGUCCCCAGGCAAAACAGGAACCACAAACCCCAGCUUCCUCUCACAGAGACGCUGUGGCUUUGAGGGGAGACGGAAAUGGCCGAGGUGUAAAUACAAGACCUGAGUCACUUGAGCUGCAGUUGCCCCAAACUGCCUCAGCAGACCCCAAUUCUGAGAUCUCCGGCUCCCACUUUUCCCUUUUGGUCUUCCUCCCUUACCCUCUAGUUCCAAAUGCACAUCCAAGUCCCUUAUGUGAUAGAUACCUAUUUCCCAACCUGCGCUGGAAGCAGCUGUGGGCAGGGCUUGGGGUGGGGAUACGUCAGGAAGAGACAGGGGAAGAGGAAGUGUCUUGGGCAGUGGGGAAGACUGGUUCAGUGGGUGGGGACAGUCAUUAUCGGUUUUCUGGACACACAGAGACAGACAGGAUGGAUUUCCUCCGGCUACAUCUCCCUGGGCUGCAUCAGGCCUUGAGGGGGGCACUGGAGUCUCUCAGCACCUUUGUUUCCUACCUUAUAGGAGAUGAAGUCCCCACUGUAGAGAGGAAGGAGGCAUGUGCAGCUGAGGAAUCGAGGGAGGUGGCUGCAGGAAGGCCCCUGGGGAAGGUGGAAGAGGAAGCCCAGGAGGCCCUGGAGGAUCUUGGAGGCAGUCAAAGCAAGGAGAAUGGAGGGCUGAGACAGCCUGGAGAGACUGGAAGAUGCUGGGAGGAAAGCUCAGCUACACAACAGACCUGGGGUGGGGGAGAAGGCAGCUCCCGUGGGUCUCAAGCUGAGAGGCAGGACACUGAGGACUGGGAGGCAGCCAAAGCCAUCAGAUGCCAGGAUUCAGGUGUCCCCUUGGAGACCAGAAAGAAGUCUGAGGCAGGGUCUGAGGCUGGUCAAGAUAGGAGGAGCCAAGCUCUGGAGAGCCAGGAGCAUGAUGAGCAGGAAGUGAAGAGAGAGGAGACACCGAGAACACGGGAAUGGGAGGAGGAAGAGGUCAGGGCCGCAGAGCCAGUGGUGGUGGGAGGGGUGGAGUCAGAGUGGGCCUGGCACAAGGAGCCUGAGGGGAAGGCCGGUGCUGAUGGGCACAAGGUGGCAGGGGAUGGCAAGGAAUCAGAGCAGGUCGUAAGUGAGGCAGCCGCAGCGGAGAUCCAGGGCCCUGGGGCCAAAGGGGCUGGGAGGGAAGAAGCGGUGGCAGUGGUCAGGUGUGGCCGAAGCACAAGGGCACAGGGGACCCAGGAGCCAGGGGCAGAAUCUGAGGAUGGGGAAGCCUUGGGCAAGGAGGAGGCUGACCUCCCAGGAGUUGAGGAGACAGAAUAUGGGGCAGUUCCAGGAGAAAGGAUCCCAGAGGGUACUGGGAGAGUCUGGGCCCUAGAGGAGACCUCUAAGAGAGACCAGGAGGAGGAGGUGGAUGAGAAUAGAGAGACCGAAGCAAGCCUGUUCCCUGAACGGACCCAGGUCCUAGGAACCGGGAGAGUGGAAGAAGAAGCCAAAGGCCAGGCAGCAGGGAGGGAGGCUGAGGAAAGUCUGAGGUCAGUGGGGGAGGUAAGGGAGGGCUUUGAGGGCCAAGCAGAUCAGGCUGAGGAAGAGGCCGUGGGGAGGCAAGACUCAGAGGUCAAGGCUGGUCAAGCCAGUCUCAAGGAGGUAGUACAAACAGAUGAGGCUGAGGAGCAGAGGAAGGAGAGUUGCUUGGCCGCAGAGGCUGAGCUGCCCCAGAACAAAGUAGCCAAUGAGGCUAAAGGGGAUGUUGACUUAGAGGCAACCCCAGAGGCCAGGCCCCAGCAGUUCAAUGGGGGGAGCGGGGAGGAAGAGACUCAGACCGGGGAUGAAGCAUUGGAGGGGGAGUGGGGUGGCCUUGAGCACAAGGUCACUGAAGGCCAAGAACCUGAGCUGAUGGGAGGCCCCCAGACCACAACAGAGCAACUCGAGGAAGGGCCAGUGGGUAAAGAAGAGCUCCGGAGCAUUCUAGCCCCAGGCAGAGAGGAGACAAGGAGGAGCCAGCAGGAAUGUCCCAGGCACGUGGGGCAUGUGAAGCCUAACAGCUCUGUGGCCGAAGCCUGGGAAAACAGAAGAAAGGAUGUGGAGAGAGAUGAUGCCCAGGAGGAAAAAGGAGAUGCUGAAGAGGGGGAGGAGGAGGCUACAAGAGGCCAGGCAUCGGUGGUGGAGGCUGCAGGAGGCCGAGAGUUGGCACGGCCAGCGAUCCCAGAGGCAGGUGGGGAGUGGAUGAAAGCAAAGGAAGCCUGGCAUGGAGCAGAGGAGGGGGAGGCCCCGGGAGCAGAGAACCAGGAGCAGGGCAGAAGGCUUGGGGCAGAAGUAGGGACCAGCCAGUUCCUGGGAGAGUUGGACACCAGAGAAACCCAGGAGGAGGAGGUAGAGGCCGCUGGGCCCUGUGGGGAGGACAGAGCCUCCAGGAGCGGCUGGAGGCUGGAGGCAGAGGCUAUGAGCACCCAGAGCAGCGAGGGCCCGGAGGCAGAUUCUUUGGCUGUCCAGAUGGUGGAGGAUAAGGCAGCUUUGGAAGGAGGGGCCCUUGGGCCUGGGGAAGGGCCCAAAAGAGAGGCUGGGGAUGCCUUUGGGAGAGGCUGGGAUUUGGAAGGGAGAGAGGAAGCUCACAGAGGUGCGGAGCUGGUGGAGGCUGCAGAGGGAGAGAAGAGAGAGGGGCAGGAGUUUGGCCUGGAGGGCUCAGCCGAGGAGGAGGUGCCUGGCCGAGGUAGCCAAGCAGAGGCUCCUGAGGCUGCCCUGGAGAGUGAGCCAGAGGGAGAGCCAGUGGGACUAGGGGAAUCAGCAGGGGCAGAAGGAAUCUGUGGGGUGGAUGACUUUCCCUUGGGCUCGCAGGCGCUGAGGGCAGAGGACCUCCUGGGAGGGCAGGCACUGUGGGAAGGAGAGGCUGGGGCAUGGCGAGCGAGGGAGCAGGGGCAGAGGGGUGAGGCACAGAGUGGGAACCAGCACCCUGAGGAGGGAAAAACACAAAGGCCCCUUGACGUGGAGGAUGCUGGGGUGACUGGAGGCCAGAAAGCAGAGGCCGCGGAGACUGAUCCAGAAGGCCUGGAGGGUGUCCAAGGCCUGGAGGGUGUCCAAGGCCAGGAGGACCAGUCAACCAAUGAGGACCCUGCGGAGGCUGGGCCUGGACCACAAGGGGAGGCUGACGGGAGCCCUGGACAGGAUGCUCACAGCAGGUGGGGUGAGGCCCUGCUCCCCGGGUCCCGCCUGGACGUCUCUGUCUCGAGGAGCCGAGUAUUCCUGUCCCGCAGCUCCUCGCAGCGCCGCUCCCGGCCCUCUUUCCGACGGACCCCGGUCCCUGAGCCACCCGAGGGGUCUCCCAGCCCUCCACCUGAGGAGGAGCCAUCAGCCCCAGAGCAGAGAAUCCAGCCAGAGCAGCCGCCGGAGCCAACGCCCCCCAGGCCUGAAGGGACUCCACUGCCGGCCAGGAGAAGUCCCUUGGGACAGGGGUUUGGCCUGGCACACCCAGGCAUGAUGCAGGAACUGCGAGCCCGCCUGGGCCAGCCAAAGCCCCAGUGACUGGGAUUUAAGGCCCCGGGAGCCAGGCGCCAAGCAAGGCUUGCUGGGACGGCUGGGUUGAACCCUGCUCAGCCUGACUUCCCCUGUCGCAUUGGGCACGUCCUUUUCAAACCCCCGGGCCUGCGUGUGUCACCGUGGAGCAGACAGAACCGGUUGCCAGUGAGAACUGUGAACUUAAGGAGUCUGCCUCUCCAGUGUGGCUGAUGGACCCCUGCCCUGCUGGGGUUGCCUGUCUCUGAGGGCCUGCCUUGCCUGCCUCCUAAAUGUAUCUCAGCUGCUCGGAUGACCGAGUGAAGACAGAGACAGUUCUCCCCACAGCCUUCCCUCUUGGACAGCACUCACUCUUUGCUCUCCCCAACCCUGUCCCUGACCAGGCCCUCGGCGCUGUGGAAGAGGAACACAAACCUCUGAGGUUGAAGCCAGCCUGGAGGGAAGGGUCAGGAGGGACUGUGGAGCUCCAUUUGCAAUCAAAGGAAAGCAUGCCCGCUGCCUGGAACUUCCAGAAUGGAAGCUGAGUCCAGGAACUCUGCUGGUUACUAUGGCAACCAUCAGCUGAACAAACCAGAGUGGGAGAAGGUGGGCCAGAAACCCUCAAAAUGGAGGAGCAGAGAGGAGUCCAGGGUGGCCAAAAGCUGCAGCCUCUGCGCCAGGGCCCCUCGGUGUCAGGCACCCCUUCUCUGGAAAGAAACCAAGGCAGAGAGAGGGUGGGAGUGCUUUAUUAGACAGCAUGGUGGCCUAGUCUGAGGAUGACUAGCAGACCCCCAAAACAAUAAAUAAACCUUCAUUUUUCUAAACAAUAAAUAAAUAUCUAAGAAAUAAAUAUCUGACAAGGA